AUGGAAAAUUGCAAAUUGUCACUAGAGCUGGUGGUUGAUAUUUUAGCGAGAUUACGGGUAAAGUCUCUUAUGCGAUUUAAAUGUGUUUGUAAAUUUUUCUAUGAUUUGAUUACAAGUGAUCGCCAUUUUCAGCACAAACACUAUGGAAUUAGCAAAGCAAAAACAGAUUGCGUUCUUUUAGAGGUUGGUUACGAUACUAGAGAAUAUUAUUUGCUUUACAAAGGAUCUGAGAUUGAAUGCAUAUACCUAGACAUCCCAAUAAUCCCAAGCGCACAGUGGGUUAAGUGUUGUCAAGGUAUGUUAUGCCUGAUUUCGACUAGGAAAGAUAUGAUUAACCUUGGUCCUAGUGAUGAUCUUAUUUAUGAUAUUUUGAUAUGGAACCCAUCCACUAGGAAAAUUAAAGCCAUAGGCCCAAUUACCGUCCCUUACAAACUAUCUUACCCUGCAUAUGCGAUUAACGAAUUUGGAUUUGGGAUUUGUAACAACAUGACUUGGAAGGUUGUCAUGCGAUUAGAAAUCCAUUCUUUAUAUGGUGAUGGGAGAGAUAUUGCUGACUACAUUACAAUGGUUUAUAGCCAAGUUCGUGGUGAUUCAUGGAGUUUGAGUCAAACUAAUUCGCCUCUAUCAUUUUACACUUUUCAAUGGGAACACUGUUUGGAAGGGAUAUCGGAAGAUUUUUAUUUAAAAGGGAGGUACUAUUGGGGGUAUAAAAGUCCGAGUAAUGAUCCUUACUUGCUUUGGUUUGAUAUGGAUGAAGAGGUUUUUGGGACGAUUGAGUUGCCAUCAAAUGUUAUCAUUGCUUCAUUCACAAUAAUGAAUGAGACUAUUGCUUUACUUGGAUAUUCAACUGUGGGGGAUUCCAAUUUCAUUGAGAUUUGGUUAAUGAUUGAAAACGACAACAAUACUUAUUGGCAUAAACAAGCAAUCAUAGAUUGUGUUGUAAAUGUAGAUAAUAAUGAACGUUGGAGAGCAUUAGGAAUUUGGAAUGUCGAUUAUGAUUUGCUUGUAUUUCUAGACACUACACUUCAUUGGGAUCCCUUUUUUGAUGAAAUGGAGGUGCCAUACUUCAUAUCUAUUGAUUUGGUUACUCAAGAAAGGAAGAUGUUCUUUAUAAGUAAAGAAAGGAAAAGUAUUACUGUGGCUUCAGAUCAAGUUGAUGGGUAUGUUCAAGUUUACAACGAAAGAAAUAAUAUUGAUAUAACCGAAGAAUGGAAACUCAAUUGUUUUAUGCGUGAGGGAAUAUAUGCUCGAGUUUAUGGUGAAAGUCUACAUUCACUGUAA